GCCGCGCGGUGUCCCCGGCGUCCUCAGUCCUGCCCCCCGAAGUGGAGAUGCGCGAGAGGCAGGCGAGGCCGUGCAGCUCGUGAGACGCCGCGCCAGCCGGCACCAUGCGCCUGCGGCCACUGCCCUUCGUCGUGGUCCCCGGCUUGCUGCAGCUGCUAUUUUGUGACAGUAAAAAGGUGGUGCAUGCCACAGAGGGGCUGGAUUGGGAAGACAAAGAUGCUCCAGGGACACUGGUUGGAAAUGUGGUGCACUCAAGGAUCAUCAAUCCUCUACGCUUGUUUGUUAAACAGUCUCCAGUGCCAAAGUCUGGGCACUUGGCUUAUGCAGACAGCAUGGAAAACUUCUGGGAUUGGCUGGCCAACAUCACGGAGUUUCAGGAGCCACUGGCAAGAACUAAACGGAGGCCAAUAGUAAAAACAGGAAAAUUUAAGAAAAUGUUUGGAUGGGGUGACUUCCAUUCCAACAUAAAAACUGUUAAACUCAACCUCCUCAUCACGGGGAAAAUUGUUGACCACGGAAAUGGAACCUUCAGUGUUUAUUUCCGACAUAAUUCCACAGGCCUGGGCAAUGUUUCAGUGAGUUUGGUUCCCCCUUCCAAAGUAGUGGAAUUUGAAGUGUCCCCACAAUCUACUUUGGAGACCAAGGAAUCAAAAUCUUUCAAUUGUCGCAUUGAGUAUGAAAAAACAGAUAGGGCAAAGAAGACCGCCCUGUGCAACUUUGACCCAUCGAAGAUCUGCUACCAGGAGCAAACUCAGAGUCAUGUGUCUUGGUUGUGCUCCAAGCCCUUCAAGGUCAUUUGCAUUUACAUUGCCUUUUACAGUGUUGAUUAUAAACUUGUGCAAAAGGUCUGUCCUGACUAUAAUUACCACAGCGAGACGCCAUACUUAUCUUCUGGAUGAAUCUUUCCACAGUGAUAGAAAUGAGGGACAAGUGUGUAUUUAAUUAGAAUGACCAGGAAGCAACACCAACUCUUCAUGGUAAAGAAUCCCUUUUGUUUCUGGCAGUGAAUCUUAGUUCCCUAAAAUGUUUCCAAAUUAAAAAAACGAGGAAACAUCUUUUAAUGUGAACUGUAUUUCAGUCAUAAGUACUUUAAUUAAAAGUGUUAACUGUGUAUGAUGCUAAUGCUUUCAAGUAGGAUAGCUAAGUCCUGGAAAUGUUGUUUCUCUAAAAGAAGCAUCAGUGAGAGCCACAGAAGAAAACAAGAACCAAAUUAUGCAUGUGAUACAUAGCUCUUGAAAUGAGCCUGCCUUUGAAAUAUGUUUUGGAAGGUUACCAUAAAAAUAGCAAUUUCAGUCACGUAACUGAAAAGAUUGUAUUUGAUAGACAACUCGCAUUUCUAACAUCAAAUUCUUUUUUUGUUGUUGUUGCUGUCUUUUUCCUACAUCUGUGCUACUAUUGAUAUCAGAGAUGAGGGAGUGAAAUUUGCUUCAAACGUCAUGUGUGAAGUUACAGUGCCACAGUGGAACUAAAUACAUUAUUAUCUGAACUAGUGUUGAAUGGAAUGUGACUGAAACACUUAGACCUGUGUUGGUCACCAUUCUUAUGUGUCUCAUCUGACUAGUAAUAUUGGGGUGUUGGGAAAGCAAAUCUGGAUAAGUCAGUUUAACUUUAAUGAAGACGAUGUUUUUGAUUCUUUUGCCAAAUUUAAUGCUGUGAGGUGGCUUAAAUAAAAGUAAACUUGUAUUCACCCUAAAAGCUCAUUCUAUUUAUUUGAUAGUGUGAUGUUUUAUAUGUGUGUGUGUGUGUGUGUGUGUUUGUGUGUAGAGCAACUCUGAAAUUGAAAAAGAAUGAUGUUUCCCAGGCUAGAAGGAGAAAACAAUUCAAAGAGAAGAGAAGAAAUUCCAGAAUUAUGAUUAUUUCCAACGUUUCAGAUUAAGUUAUCUUUUAAUUUAAUUAUUUGAGUAAGGAUCAAAUUAUAUGUGGGAAUAAAGUUAUAUCCAAACAUUACUAAAUGUUGUCAAGUAUUAAUAACCAAGAGUAAUAGCCAGGUAUUUGAGGUUAUUUACAAAUGUUGUUUCCCAAUCAGUAUUCUUCCCAUCAUCCUUAAGCAGGUAAUGUUCUGGACGGAGAGGGAGCUAGCAUCCAGUGUCAAAGAACUGUAUGGUCUUGUAUUGCAAAAAAGAGGGUCUCACUGACCAGUAAAGUUUCUAACACUUGUGAAGUGUCACUCCUUUUACAACAGAUGUUAACUUACCCUUCCUUAUCUGUAAAAUUAGUCGUGUUAAAUUGAGGAGUAAAGAAAAAUCAGUCCCAACAAAAAUGCUCUUACCACAGUAUUCGAAAAGCUGACAUCUCUAGUGUCUAUUUAACAUCGCCACUUUCCUUUUAUGGUGAUAUCUGCACAGUGUUUGAUUUUGUCUUUUGUAAAAAUUGUACUAGACUUAGUGUAUGGUAAUAUAAGCUUGAAUUUUUGCUCUGAGUUCAUCAGGUGCUUUUGUAUUUUUGUGGUUGGUGUGAA